UAUAUAUUUUCGCCUUUGGUUCUCUAUGAAUAAUGCGAUCACUGAUGAAUUUUGAUUCUACUGCAUCUCUUUUCCCUGUUUUUCCUCUUCCCAUCCCAAUCAAUACCCUUCUUCUACUGCUGCCGUGCUACAUUUUCUCUCUCACUGUCAUUAUUAAUUCUGCAUAUAAAUGCAAUCUAUUUAUAUAUAUAACCGUUUCCCUAAAACCCAAAACUCCAAAAGGGACAGUUCAGCGUAGAUUGCAACUCUCAACUCAAGAAAGCAUCGGAAUCAGCUUUUUUUUGUGAGUGUCUUUUCUGGGUUUUUUUUUUCUUCGCAAUAAAGGCUGGUUCUUUAUUUUUUGUUUGGGCAAUUGUAUAGAAGUAGUGUAAAGGUUGGAUUUUUCUGGGUGGGUUUUUGGAGGGGAGAAGAAUUUAUUCAGUGAUGCAGAAGUGGAAGCGGCGGACGGUGGCAGUGGUGAGGAGGCUGCUAACGUGCGCUAUAGUGGUAAUAGGUCUGUUGGCACUGGUUUUCGUUCACAUUCGGGUGGAAUUACCUUCCACUGAAGAAAUCACCAAGUUGCCUACAACGCACGAAAUCGAGCAUCAAAAUCUGCAAACAGAGGAAAAUUGGGAAAAAGAGCUUGCUCCACCUCACCUUUCUAAAACGUCUCAAUCUGCUCGCAAGUUGGAUGGUGCGAGUGGGACUUCAAAUUCAAACAAGUUAUGGAAGCCACCCCCAAAUCGGGACUAUACACCUUGUGUUGCCCCAAGUCCAUAUUAUACACCUCCUCCAGAAUCUCGUGGUUACCUGCUAGUUCAUACAAAUGGCGGGUUAAAUCAGAUGAGGGCUGGGAUAUGUGACAUGGUUGCUGUUGCUCGUAUAAUAAACGCUACUCUUGUGAUCCCGGAGCUUGACAAGCAUUCCUUCUGGCAGGAUUCCAGCAAUUUCUCUGAUGUUUUCGACGAGGAUCAUUUCAUUGAUUCCUUGAAAAAUGACGUUAAAAUUAUCAAAAAGCUCCCGAAGGAGCUGGCACAUGCUAAUAGAACAGUCAAGCAAUUCAGAAGUUGGUCCGGUUUACAGUACUAUGAGGAAGAGAUAGCUCCCAUGUGGGAUCAAUAUCAGGUUAUUCGAGCAGCCAAGUCUGAUUCUCGUUUAGCAAACAAUAACCUGCCACCAGACAUUCAAAAGUUGCGCUGCCGGGCUUGCUAUGAAGCAUUACGCUUUGCUCCCGAAAUUGAAGCGACGGGGAAGUUGUUGAGGGAUCGAAUGAGAGCAUAUGGUCCCUACAUUGCUUUACAUUUGCGAUUUGAGAAAGAUAUGCUGUCCUUUAGUGGAUGCACACAUGAUUUAUCUCCUGAAGAAGCUGAGGAACUCAAGUCAAUUAGAGAAAACACCUCUUGGUGGAAGGUAAAAGAAAUCGAUCCUGUGGAACAAAGAGCUAAAGGGUUUUGUCCAUUGACUCCCAAGGAGGUUGGGAUCUUUCUUAGUGCUCUUGGAUUUCAGUCAACCACCCCCAUAUACAUUGCAGCUGGAGAAAUAUAUGGAGGGGAUUUGCAUAUGGCUGAUCUGCAUUCACGUUUUCCCUUGCUGAUGAAUAAGGAAAAGUUGGCCUCAGCUGAGGAACUUGAACCAUUUGCUAAUCACGCGUCUCAAAUGGCUGCUUUGGAUUAUAUCGUAUCAAUUCAGAGUGACGUAUUCAUUCCUUCAUACUUUGGGAAUAUGGCAAGGGCAGUUGAAGGACAUCGGCGUUUUCUUGGGCAUAAGAAAACAAUUUCCCCUGACAGGAAAGCAUUUGUUCGGCUUUUUGACAAAUAUGAGGCAGGAACAAUCAAAGAUUUCAAAACUUUGGCAAACCGAGUUAUUGAGAUACACAGAAGACGGUAUGUUAAAAGUUUAUAAUGGCCAGUUUUCAUAAAUCUCUUUUAUGGAGCCAAUUUUUUUGGCAUUUUCAAUGGCAAGGAAAUUCAUCCUGCUGAUUUCCUCAGGCAAGGGUCACCGAGGAAGAGAAAAGGUCCUAUAUCUGGAACAAAAGGAAUGGACAGAUUUCGUUCAGAAGAGGCAUUCUACGUGAACCCAUUACCCGAUUGUUUGUGUCAGAAGGAAUCACCAAUUUUGAAUAGCUCAGCUAUCAUGAGAUAGCCAACAUUCAUUUGCAUUAAUCUAGUUCAUUUACACUUUUUGAGGGGGCUUCUACGGCACUGGUGUAUAUGUAAUUAGUUGCAGAGUGACAUUUGACUUCACAACAUUUGAAGGGUGCAAAUGUGCAUAUGUUGACAGCAGGGGUCCUUGUAGACUGACCGAUAUCUUUCAGAGAUGAGUUGCUUGGGUUCCCAUUUAGUCAGCACCUUGAUUAUUUAGAUAUCUUUAUGAGAUGUAGUUGCUUGGAUUCCCAUUUAGUCAGCACCUUGAUUAUCUAGAGGUAUCAUCCAUUUCAUAGAAGAUUUAGGUUGUAAAAAGUUCAUUAGGAAAGGUUAAUGCAGCAUUUUGUUGUUUCUCAACAAAGCUGAUGUGUUUUAUUAGUCAUCCUGGAUGUUCAUCUAUCUAAUUCAAUAAAGUUCCAGAAAGAAAAAGAAAAAAUAGUUCUUUACUAUUUCCUAAGUUCCCUUUGUUCAGUUUUGCCUAUUCUUUUGGGUUUCCUUUGAGAAAGAAUGGCUGGGAUUACCUGCUUCCCAGAUUGACUACCUUCAUCCGAGCAAAUAUUGACAUGUUAUAAUGUAUUAUUGUUACUCCCUCCGU